CUAGUUUUGGUGUGUAUUUGAAUUGCAAUUUAACUCGUAAAAGGUUUACAACACAACGGUGUCGAUACCUUGAUACCAUUUCAUUAUGUUAAAUAAUUUAUUCUAAUAUGCUGUGUACUUCAGUAGUGUAGUGAUUGAGCGUUGAAAGCAAAUUUGACGAUCACACUUGUACUUAUUAAUGUUACAACUUAAAAAACCGUCCUGACGAGCUAAUCUGCAGGCGAUUCUUUCAUUAUCAUAAGAGACAUUGUUUGGCUGCUCGCAGGCUCUUUGUUUCUCUAACAAAAGUACAUGAUUUUGUAAGGGCUAAACAAAAGAUUUUGGUUUAAUUUAUCACCCGUAAGUCUUGCUAAUUACUACUAGGAACUAGUUACUCUUUUGAAAUUGAGAUUACCAUUAACCUUCACAAUAAACCAUCAAGAUUCUCAGCUUUUUUACCUGCAAUCCUCGGAUCUGAGCUUAUCUUUUAUGGUACUAAUUGUAGACUCGAAAACUUUAGAGAAGACGUCUUCUCUAGGUAGCACUUCUCUAUAUUAGUUGAGAAGUACAGCUUAUUUGUUAAAUAUACCUAGUCUAAUGUGAAAGCUCACUUAUUUUAAUUUCCAUAAUAACACAAGUGUUAUUUCUCAAUGCAUUUAUUUCUUUAAUAUAGGCUUAGACUAUUGACUUCUCAUUUAUUUAGGUCUUUUAAUUCUACCUUAGCAAUGAUCGCACAUUGGAUGCCAUGUAAAAUCGAAGCAAACGGGAUGAAAGCGAAUUCUGAACUUCAAUGUCUAGAGACUUUAAACAAUGAAUCUGGUGCAUUAAGUAAUCAUGUACUAGUUUCAAAUUUCCGCGGUAGACCAUUACGAGGAGUUCAACUCAGUUUCCCUGAUAGUUACUCACCAGUGGUUGUUCACCAUAGUGGUAUCGUGUCAGACGUUGGAACAGAACCAAUAAAAUUUGGGGCUAAGCUCGAUAAAAUAUUCCUAUGGAAUUUGUCUGCGCCACCAAGUUUCUCAGAUCCUAUACCAUUAUCUCUCACUUGGCUUCAUUUGGCUAGCAUUUUGCAUUCAAGCUCCUGA